AUGACCGAUUUUCCAGAAGAACUUUCACAAAAUACCCUAAUGUCCAUGGAACAGUUGGAACAGAUGUUUCUGAUGUUUCAAAAACUCAACAAAACAAAUAACCAAACAGAAAACCCAACCUCUGUCAAAAUUUUAGAGAAACUCACAUAUCACAAUUACAAAAAAUGGUGCAAACUAAUGCACAUAGUCAUUGGAGGUCGAGGGCGACUCAACCACAUCACUGCCGCCCCUCCACCACCAUCAGACCCCAAUUACGUUCAGUGGGAACAAAGAGAUGCCAUGGUCAUAUCAUGGAUAAUUGAGAAUAUAGAUGGAGAGAUUGUCAAUCAGUUCCUAGACUAUACGACAGCACAAAGUCUAUGGCUAGGAAUCGAAAGCCUUUUGGGAUGUGGAAAGGAUGAACUUCAGAUCUUUGAUCUUAGUUCCAAGGCAGGGGCAAUGAAACAAGAUACUGACACUAUAGAAGUUUAUUAUGGUAAACUUAACAUGUUGUGGAAAGAGAUUGACCGGCGAAUGCUAAACCUAAUGACAUACUCACAGGACAUAACAGAGUUCAAUAGAUACAUACAGAAACAGAGACUUUACCAGUUCCUCACUGGGAUUCAUGAUAGUCUUGACAAAGAAAGGAGAGAAAUUCUCAACUGUGAACCCUUACCGACGGUGGAAACGGCCUAUACUACAAUCAGACGGGAAAUUGCACGCCGGAGGAUUAUGACCGGCGUCUCAUCACUGGGAACAAAUCCCUCAGAGAUUGGAUCAGGCUUGGCCACAAGAAAAAAAACCUUCCAGAAAAGCCGAGAAGAAGAUGACCGGAGAAAACUCCGAUGUACCCACUGUGGUGGUUCAAGGCAUACAAAGGAAGGAUGCUUCAAGAUUGAGGGAUACCCUGAGUGGUGGGACGAUCUACAGAAACGGAGGGCCGCCACCAAGGCACCGGCAAGCCAGACCGGCGGCAAGGCCCACCUAACUACUACGGACCAACCCGAUACAUCAUGGAGCAAUUCAGGUAAAGGAGGUAACUGGUACAAAAGGGAAGGACAAACAAUAGCUACAGAAGGAAUGGACAACAAUGGCGAAAAACUGAAAGAGGAGGAAGAGAGAGAAAGUCCAGCCGUCUGGGAGGGGGAGGGAGACAUCAAUACUCCCUCUAUUUAUAACCAAGCAACCCUACACCCUACACCCAAAACCCUUAAGCCCAGGCCAUAUUUAAAGCCCAAAAUCCCCACAAGUCUCCUUAGCCAUAAACAUUGUGAAACUUGUGUACUAGCUAAGAGUCAUAAACAUUCUUACUUUCCCAGUAAUAAUCGUGCUCCAAAACCAUUUGAUAUCGUGCAUUCUGAUGUAUGGGGCCCAGCUCCACAUAUUGACUUUCAUGGUUUUUCAUAUUAUGUGUUAUUUAUUGAUGAUUGUUCUCGAAUGUGUUGGUUCCAUGUAACACCAAAAAUCCUUCGCUCAGAUAAUGGUGGUGAAUAUAUCUCUAUUGCAAUGAAACAGUUUUUUCUUGAUCAUGGGCUUGUUCAUCAAACCUCCUGUCCCGAUACUCCGCAACAAAAUGGGGUUGCUGAACGUAAAAACCGUUAUCUUCUUGAGGUCGCCCAGGCUCUCAUGUUUGACACUCAUGUACCUAUUCGUUUUUGGCCUGAGGCUAUUGCUACUGCCACCUAUCUCACAAAUCGACUCCUUACUAAAAUCCUCCAAUUCAAGACUCCACUUGCCACCCUCAAUACUUUCACUCCUGUUCCUUCUUCUCACUCCCUUCCUCCUCGCAUAUUUGGGGGUGUUGUGUACGUCCACCUUCCAUCUCGAGUUCGGACCAAAUUUGAACCCCGGACAGUCAAAUGUGUAUUCCUUGGUCGAGCUCCCAAAGAACAAGUAUGCACUACCACUGAUAUUGCCACUGACAUGGUUAUUGAAUCACCUCCUCAGACUACUACUCCAGUCCCUGAGCAUCCGGCCGAACAAAAGGUAACAUCGAGUAAUCCUGCUCCUCUCAUUAAUAUCAACUGA